AUGGAAAUUUUGAGCAGCGAGGCCAUUAUGGACGAUCUGUCAACUGCACACCCUGGGGACGAGAAAAGCAGCAACGAGGCAUUAGACACUACAAUGCAGCAGAACAACAUGGAAGGGGACACUCCCUGCGAGGAAAAGUGCGGAGUAGAAUCUGACCGUCCUCCCAAACAGAGUCGAAUGGAACAGACGGACAGGCUUGCAGUGAAACGUACUGUGGACAGACGCUUUGCGUGUACGGAAUGUGACUAUAGGGCAGCCACAAAGGCUAACCUGAUCAUACACACAAGAAAACAUACUGGCGAGAGACCCUACAAAUGUGACCAGUGCGACUAUUCUGCUGCACAGAAAGGAAGUUUAGACCAACACAUGGCUAAACACACUGGAGAAAACCCCUACAUGUGCGAUGAGUGCGGAUACAGGACUGCUCACAAAUCUAAACUAUUCGAACAUAUGAGAAGGCAUACAGGUGAGAAACCCUAUAAAUGUGACCAGUGCGACUAUUCUGUUGCACGGAAAGGAAAUUUAGACCAACACAUGUUUAAACACACUGGAGAAAACCCCUACAUGUGCGAUGAGUGCGGAUACAGGACUGCUCACAAAUCUAAACUAUUCGAACAUAUGAGAAGGCAUACAGGUGAGAAACCCUAUAAAUGUGACCAGUGCGACUAUUCUGCUGCACGGAAAGGAAAUUUAGACCAACACAUGUUUAAACACACCGGAGAAAAGCCAUACAUGUGCGAUGAGUGCAGGUACAGCACUGCUAACAAAUUUAAACUAUUCGAACAUAUAAAAAAGCAUACAAGUGAGAAACCCUAUAAAUGUGACCAGUGUGACUAUUCUGCUGCACGGAAAGGAAAUUUAGACCAACAUAUGACUAAACACACCGGAGAAAAACCCUACAUGUGUGGGGAGUGCGGCUACAGGACUGCUUUCAGUUUUUCCUUGACUGUACAUAUGAGAAGACACAUCGGUGAGAAACCCUACAAGUGUGACCAGUGCGAUUAUUCUGGCGCAACAAAAAGCAACCUAGAUCAACACACGGCUAAACACGCGGAAGACAAACGGUACGUGUGCGGAGAGUGCGGAUUCAGGACGGCUCACAAGGGCGCCUUAAAAAGACAUAUGAAAAAACAUUCAGGUGUGAAACCUUAUAAUCGUGACCCUUGUCAACAUUCUGCUUCUUCGUCUACUUCUUCUUGUGCUGUUGCUUCAGUACAAAACGGCUCGGUCAAACACAUGGCUCAAGACGGUGAAGAAAAACCCUAUGAGUGCGGAGAGUGCUGGUACAGGACGGCUGACUUGUCUGAUCUAACCGUACAUAUGAGAACACAUACAGCUACGGACAAGAAAAUCAGCGAGACUGCCAUGGACAAUCCGUCAACUGCACACCCCGAGGACGAGACAAGCAGCAGCGAGAAAUUGGACACGGGAAGGCAGCAGGCCAAGGAAGGGGGCAUUCCAUGUGAGGAAAAAUGUGUAGUAGAACCCGACCAUCCUUCCACACAGGACCCAACAGAGCAGCCGGACAGGCUUGCGGUGCAUCGCUUUGAGUGUACGGAAUCUGACUAUCCUUCCACACAGGGUCGAACAGAGCAGACGGACAGGCCUGCGGUGAAACAUACUGUGGACAAACGCUUCGAGUGUACGGAAUGUGACUAUAGGGCAGCCACAAGGACUGACCUGAUCAUACACACAAGAAAACAUACUGGCGAGAAACCUUAUAAAUGUGACCAGUGCGACUAUUCUGCUGCAAGGAAAGGCCAACUAGACCGACACAUGUCUCAACACACCGGAGAAAAACCCUACAUGUGUGAAGAGUGCGGGUACAGAACGGCUGUCAUGUCUCGCCUAAUCGUACAUAUGCGACAACACACAGGCGAGAAACCUUAUAAAUGUGACCGGUGCGACUAUUCUGCUGCACAGAAAGGCAGUUUAGACAAACAUAUGGCUAAACACACCAGAGAAAAACCCUACAUGUGCGGUGAGUGCGGAUACAGGACUGCUCACAAAUCUAAACUAUCAGAACAUAUGAAAACGCAUACAGGUGAGAAACCUUAUAAAUGUGAUCAGUGCGACUAUUCUGCUGCACAAAAAUACAGUUUAGACAAACACAUGGCUAAGCACACCGGAGAAAAACGCUACAAGUGUACUGAGUGCGGAUACAGGACGGCGGCGAGUUCUUCCUUAACCGUACAUAUGAGAACACAUACAGGUGUGAAACCUUAUAAGUGUAACUUUUGCGACUAUUCUUCUGCAAAGAAAGGCAAUUUAGACCUACAUCUUUGUACGCAUACCGGAGAAAAGCCCUACUUGUGUGGGGAGUGCGGGUACAGGACGGCUGUCAAGUCUCACCUAACGGAACAUAUGAGGAGACACACUGGCGAAAAACCCUACAAGUGUGACCAGUGCGAUUAUUCUGGCGCAACAAAAAGCAGCCUAGAUCAGCACAUGGCUAAACACGCAGAUAAACGGCACGUGUGCGGAGAGUGCGGAUUCAGGACGGCUCACAAGGGCGCCUUAAAAAGACAUAUGAUUAUGAAAAAACAUUCAGGUGUGAAACCUUAUAACCGUGACCCGUGUCAACAUUCUGCUUCUUCUUCUACAUCUUCUUCUGCUGCUGCAGUACAAACCGGCUCGGACAAACAUUUGACUCAACACGGUGAAGAAGAACCCUACAAAUGUUGGUACGGGACGGCUGACAGGUCUGACGUAACCGUACAUAUGAGAACACAUACAGUACAAAUCGGCUCAGACAAACACCUGGCUCAACACGGCGAAGAAAAACCCUACGAGUGCGGAGAGUGCUGGUACAGGGCGGCUGAUCAUGACUUGUCUGACCUAACUGUACAUAUGAGAACACAUACAGCAAUGGACAAGAAAAUUAGCGAGACAGCCAUGGACGAUCUGCCAACUGCACACCCCGGCGACGAGACAAGCAGCAGCGAGAAAUUAGACACGGGAAGGCAGCAGAACAGGGAAGGAGACAUUCCAUGCGAGGAAAAGUGCGGAGUAGAGCCUAACCAUCCUCCCACACAGGACCCAACAGAGCAGACGGACAGGCUUGCGGUGAAACGUACUGUGGACAGACGCUUCGAGUGUACGGAAUGUGACUAUAGGGCAGCCACAAGGACUCAGCUGAAAUGCAGAUUAGACCAACACAUGGCUCAACAUACCGGAGACAAACCCUACAUGUGCGGUGAGUGCGGAUACAGGACGGCUGCGAGUUCCUCCUUAACCGUACAUAUGAGAAGACACAUCGGCGAGAAGCCCUACAAGUGUGACCAGUGCGAUUAUUCUGGCGCAACAAAAAGUAACCUAGAUCAACACAUGGCUAAACACGCGGAAGACAAACGACCAAUAUUAGAGUAUGCCGUUCCUGUCUGGCACCCUGGCCUGACCAAGCGCCAGUCUGAUCAACUUGAACAGCUCCAGAAAAGGGCGUGUCGCACCAUCAUGGGCAGAGACUACCCCGGGUAUUCACAUGCGCUGGAGCAGCUUGGACUGUGCUCACUUGCCACGAGACGGGAACAGUACUAG